AUGGAUGCUACUGACAUACAUUGGAUUCCCCUAGACUUCCCGAAGUAUAAAGUAAACACAGAUGCUGCUGUUUUCUCAAACACUAAGGCGGUGGGGAUUGGAGUUGUGGUCUGCGAUCACAAGGGAGAAGUCAUUGCAGCUUUAAGCAAGCGCUUAUCGCUACCACUAGGUCCUCUAGAAGCUGAAGCAAAAGCCAUGGAUGAUGCAGUCUCCUUUGCCAGAGAUAUUGGACUUCUCCCUUGUGAAGCAAAAGAUGUUAUCUUCGAAACCAACUCAACCAUCAUCAAUGCUCUCACUGGUACGACCAUUGACAACAUUGUUACCAGCAUUCUCCACAAACUACAAGACUUCAGAAGCUCCGAAUUGCUGCUUGUUUGCCGACAAGGAAACAAACCAGCUCAUACUUUGGCACGCCACACCAGGGAAUUGAUAAAUUUGUAA